AUGACUUCGGAAAACGUAAAAGUCAUUGCGAGGUGUCGGCCGAUGAACACGAGGGAACGGGCGUUAAACAGUAAGAACGUAGUGUUUAUUGACUCGGAGAAAUGCACUUGUUCGAUCGUCAAUCCCACAGACGGUUCGGCGCCGCCGAAAACGUUUACUUUCGACGGCGUUUACGGGCCCGAUUCAAACACAGAGCAGAUAUACAACGACAUCGCUUAUCCUUUUGUGGAAGGCAUCUUAGAGGGUUACAACUGUACAGUGUUCGCGUACGGGCAAACUGGAUGUGGUAAGAGUUUCUCGAUGCAGGGUGUAGACUCACCGCCGAACCAACGCGGUAUCAUACCCAGAGCCUUUGAACACGUCUUCGAGGCAAUAUCCGUGACGGAUGACGUAAAGUUUUUGGUGCUCGCCUCGUACAUUGAGAUAUACAACGAGGAAGUGAGAGACCUGUUGAGCACAGACACCAAACGGAGACUUGAGUUGAAGGAAAACCCGGAGAGGGGAGUAUACGUACACGAAUUAUCACAUCACGCCGUGCAAGAUGUGACCGAGUGUCAAAAGCUCAUGGAACAGGGUUGGAGGAAUAGAGCAACUGGAGCCACAAUGAUGAACGCAGACUCUUCCAGGAGCCAUUCUAUUUUCACCAUAUCCGUGGAAAUGAUGUCAACUUCGCAGGACGUGGACGACAUAAAGUCGAUAAAACGAGGGAAACUUAGUCUGGUUGACUUGGCGGGCAGCGAACGUCAGGCGAAAACCGGAGCUUCGGGUGACCGGCUCAGGGAAGCCACGAAAAUCAAUCUCUCUUUGUCGGCCUUGGGCAACGUGAUAUCAGCCCUGGUGGACGGAAAAGCGAAACACAUACCGUACAGGGAUUCAAAACUCACCCGACUGCUACAGGAUUCUCUAGGUGGAAAUACGAAAACGCUGAUGGUCGCUUGCCUGUCGCCCGCCGACAAUAACUACGACGAGACCUUGUCGACACUGAGGUACGCCAAUCGGGCCAAGAACAUAUACAACGAACCACACGUGAACGAAGAUCCCAAAGACACGAUGCUGCGCCAGUAUCAAGAACAGAUAAAAAAACUCAAAGAACUGCUGGAAGCGUCCACUGCUCAGUUGCCCACGAACGAUAUUUCUGAAAAGGAAAAAUUGCGGCAAGAGUAUCAAGAGGAAAUGGGCAAGCUAAGGGAAAAAUACCAAGAAGAAUAUAAUUCCAAGUGUCAGAUGCAAGCAGAUUUGAAAACGUUGAAAGAGAAGUACGACAACAACUUGGCAAAGAUCUCGAAUCAAAAAGACAGCAAUUGCAGGACGUCAUCCCCGCAACAGAUCGUCGAAAAAGCGUUGAAGAGCAAUCGAGUGGAACUGAACUCGUCGCAACAGGAAAUACUGAAAAGGUUGAAGAAACUUCAAGAGAGUAUGGUCGGCGGAGAGCGAGUCAACGACAGAGAGCUCCAGGAACGUCGAUCGCGCAAAAAAAAAGCAGCUGAGAGACGGUUGAACGCUUUGGCGAGGGCGCUGGCCACCGUCGAGACCGAAGACGGACCGAACUUGGUGUUGGGCGUGUACGACGACAUACAGGAAGAGCUGAGGGCUAAGAACGAGGCGUUGAAGAAGUAUAGGCAAAAACUGAAAGCGUCGGACCGAGAGGUGGCGGACAUCCAGAGUGAAUUUGAAAACGAGCGAACGGAUUACCUGGAAACAAUAAGGAAACAGGAGCGACAGAUCAAAUUGCAGAGUCAAAUCUUAGAAAAAAUCGUGCCAACGCUGUCGAAAGAAUGCAAUUACAGCAACUUGGAGAGGUUGAAAGAAGACGCUGAAUGGGAGGAUGACACGCAGAGUUGGAAACUGCCGGACCUGACGAGGAUAAAACUGCCUCCGGCUUCGGGCACGUUAACACAGCCCGCCAACGGUUCGGCGGCGUUUAGCACGUUCGAAAACGGCCGGAGGAAGAUGUCGCUGGGCAUAUUCAACACGCUGGCCGGUCUGUCGUUCGACAAGUCUUCCAGUUCGGACAGCAGUCGGCGGUCGUCGUCACCAGAAGUGCCCGUCUACGAUCAGAAAUAUCAGAAAUCGGCUGAAGACGAUUUUGCCGGCAAUUACUUUAAACCAAAACGAGCUACCGAGUUGCUGAUACAAUCCCACGGAGAGUCUGGUAGACCGUUUCAUAAAUGGAAAGGAAACAGACGCAUAUCACCGGAAAAUAUGGUUAAAAAACCGACGAAAUUAGAAUCGCUCCUUCCGGUUAUCGGCGACCGAAAAUUACAAAAAAAUACCUUGGACAGAAUUUAA